AUGGACAGGCUGGCCGAAAUAGCUGAGAAGUUUGGGGACAGCCUGAAGCCCCAUGACAAGGAGCAAUUUGAGUCCAGCACAUUGGAAGACAUGCAAACGGAUCUCAGUGACAUACAGUCAAAGCAGGACCGAACAAAAACCAUGAUGAACAUGAAUAGGAUCAAAAAGUUUCUCUCCGGGAUGGAAGAUCUCGCCGAGGCUCUUGCGGCGAUAAAUCCUCGCGACGCAGGGCGCGCUAUGGCAUACGUCUGGGGCUCGAUUCGCUUCUUGUUGAAGCAUACUAGCCCAGCAGAGAAAGCCUUCGACAGUGUCCUCGACGUCUAUGAACGGCUUGGUGUACACAUGCCAGAGUUGUCCAAGUAUGAGAAGAUAUUUCAAAAGUUUGCCGGCUCCGAAGAAUGCUUAGUGAACAUUUACGACGACGUUCAGAGGUUCCAUACGUUGGCAUACAAGCUCUUCUCGCUCCGCACAAAAUUAUGGCAACGACUUCACAAGUCUGUUUGGAAGGACCUGAACCACACGUUUAAGCAACUUGCAAAAUCCUUAGACACACACGGAAAAUUCAUACAAAUGUGCCGCGCUAGCCUUAUAGACAACCCUGAUGGUUUCAGCAACAACCAUUACCAUAUCAAUAAUAGUGUCGGUGCUGCAUAUCCACAGAAUCGGGAGCGUAUAAACGAUGAUUUCAGCAGAUACCGAUACGGCGCAAAGGCAUUUUGGAGAGACUUUGAGGAAAGUGAGGUCGAAAGAAAGAGGAAACAAAGAGCCGCAAUUAAAACUUGGAUCUCGCCCUCGAACAAGGUUGAAGAAAUGCACAAGGGAUUUCAAAAGAUCAGAAGUCAAUGUCCCAAAAGCGGGCGCUGGCUUUUCAGGAGUUACGGUGAGGUCUCUGACUGGAUGAAAGAGGAUGAACCACCAGAGUCUGCCAUUUGGCUUCAUGGGAGCAAAGGUUUCGGGAAAACAAUUCUGGCAUCGCUCAUUGUGGAUGAGUUGAAAUCUCUCAGCACGGCAGAAAUGAAGAACGUGAUUCCUUCCGACAGCAACACCUACUAUUUCUACUGCCAAGAGGACGAUAAUGAGCAUCGAACCUAUCUCGACAUCCUCAAGGGAGUCUUACACCAAAUGGUCUAUGCGGACGAAUACAUUCUACCUCUUUGCGAUGACAGAAUGCAUCAAGGCGUAGAGGACAAUUUGUCCAACGCUGAAACAGCGCAGAUGCUCAUCGAAGCCUUUAUUGAGCACGCACCUAGGCAGUACAUAAUUAUUGAUGGAUUGGACGAGUGUGAAUCAAAUGAGGCACGCCAGACGGCACAUUUCUUCAUGCAACUGGUUGCCAGGUGCGACAACGAUGUGAAACUUGGCCAACUGAGAGUGUUGUUCACCAGCCAAACGAUGCUAGAAUUGAGCAAACACAUGCCCGAAGGCGACGCCAGCAUCCCGCUUAAGCCCACCGAUAACGCCGAGGAUAUUCGCACCUAUGUGCAAAAGAGAAUGCUGGAGUUCUCGGCGUCAGAUGAAUUCAACCGUGGCUUUAACCUCUCGGAUGCUGAUAGAAACCAGCUGGAGAGCAUCGUCUGUCACCAGAGCAUGUUUCUCUAUGCACAUCUCACUAUGGAGUAUUUGCUCCAACAACAGACAAAGGGGGAACUGCUCGAAAAAAUCAAGCAAGAAAUGCUCCCCAAAAAACUUGAAGACAUAUAUGAAAAGCUCCUUGGCUCUAUCGAGGCAAAGCUCAAGAAGUCGGAAGGAGGUAAUGCUCAGUGGGAAAAGGCAAAGAUCCUUUUAGGAUGGUUGGUUUGCGCGAAGAGACCCCUCAAAUGGCACGAGAUUCAAUCCAUCUUAUCAUUCGACACGGACAACGCUGUGGUCGACUUCGACAACAGAAUGCUACGGCAAAAUGUACGAAAAUAUCUGGGGUCCUUGGUACAUGUAUUAGAGGGAGGCCAUAUUCGGCUAAUCCACUCAACAGCACGUCGAUACAUCAUCGACAACAAUCGCAUAAGUGAGAAAGAGGUACAAUGUAGACUGACAGCGCUCUGUCUCAGGUAUCUAUCUCUCCCUUGCUUUGUAAAUGGCUACCAGGACAUACACCGCAAAGAGAAUGCCAGGCACGGCUGGUUCUCAUUUCAAGAUUAUGCCUGUUCCCAUUGGCACAGCCACAUCAACACCGUCAUCAGAAGUUGCAGCGACGUCAUGAUUCUUCAUGAUGAUAUUCAGACACAGUUUAUAGAGGCUCAAUGGGAGUUCGCGACUGCCCUGGAGUUGUUCAUCAACACCCAUGGCCACCAGUUGACUUCCGAGAUCCACGCGGAGCUGGAACAGGACCAAAUAGAUAGAUUCCAAGGCUUCCCUGGAAAUCUCCAUGAGAACCUCCUCAUUAUCUGGAACCACAUCUUCACUCACCAGAAGGGUGAUUUCGAUCGCCGUAAUACUGUCGGUAUCAGCCAGAUCGAUGACGCCCUCCGUAUUAACCGGACCUGCCUCGAGGAACAUUUUGUGCCCACCGACAGCGCUAUUCACACUGAUACCAUCGAAGACUACUACGGUUCCAAUCUCUUCAAGUGUCAGCGAACCCUCUGCCGCUUCUUUUACGUCGGGUACGACAGCGCGAAGGCACGCGACAACCACCACGCCCGGCACGACCGGCCAUUCACUUGCCCUGUCGCGUGUAAUUUGGCACCCAUAGGAUUUUCAAACAAGAAGGAUAGAGACCGGCAUGUGCGGCUGUACCAUCGCGAGAUGAGCGAAAGACCUUCCAUGUUCGAGGCGCCCGCCCGAAGGCAAGGACGUUUCAAGUGCUCGAUCUGUGACGACACCUUCACAAGGAAAACCAACCUCAGGGGCCACGAGCGGAGCCAUUUCGGGGAUCGACCUUAUUCAUGUUCAACUUGCGGUAGAGCAUUUGGCCGGCAGAGUGAUUGCCGUAGACACGAGAAGAUUCACGCCAGGAGAGGUGCAUGA